GAUGACAACGCUAUGGAACUUUUUUAUCACUCAGCCUCACUCAGAGAUGAGCGCUCUCAUACUCUAGAAGAUCUCUCGAGAAAGAUAGUAAAGCGUUGCAACGGAUUUCCACUUGCGAUUACAGUUAUGGGAAGUUCACUCUCUGGGCAACCUUUAGAGGUCUGGAGAAAAAGAGAAUCAGAAUGGUCUAAGGGUUCUUCCAUUUUAGAUUCUGAGACAAAAUUGUUUCUUUGCCUCCAGAGCAGCCUAGAUGCUUUGGAUAAAGGAUUUUCGCUUGUGAAAGAUUGUUACUUAGACCUGGGAUCUUUUCCUGAAGACAAAAAAAUCCCGGUUGGUGUCCUUAUUGAUAUGUGGGCAGAGUUGUAGGAUCUAGAUGAUGAUAUUGUGUUUGCAUAUGUUCAUGAACUAUGCAAUCGAAAUCUGGCUACCCUUGUAG